CUGACCGGGAGCUGCUCCUGCGUUACUACUGCACCACCAUCAGAGCCAAGUUAAUGUAAGGCAGCAGCAUCUAUGGGGCAGCAGCCCCCUCCACCCUUGCCAAACUUGACACCACCCAAAACGCCGCCCUGAGGACUGCAAUGGGGGCCAUGCGGUCCUCCCCAGUCAUCUCCCUCCAUGCAGAAAGCGGCAUCGCCCCUCUAGCCACCCACAGAAGGGAAGUACUAUGCCACCACUACCACCGCAUCAGGAGCUUACCACCUUCCCACCCUCUCUCCAAGAUGUACAGCACCUCAGGGGUGGAUCAGCACGCCCAAGUCUGGCUCCCUGGAGCCCGCCAACCUCUGAUAGUAAGGGCACUACUGGUGCAUCACAUUCUCCGCCUCACUCCACCACCACCACAACCUAUCAGCCCUCACUCUCCCAUCCCGCCCUGGCUGGACAUCUCCCACAUGGUGUCCCUACACAUGCCUGGCCUCCCCCCUAAACCAUCCUCCAGCAUUGUGGCAGCCUCACAUUUUCUCCAAAUGGACAAGUCCCUCUAUCACCACCACCUCAAGAUCUGCACGGAUGGCUCCCACUCCCCAUCGCCACCCUCCACGGCAUCAGCCAUUUAUGACCCUGGUACUACCAUCUGCAGGACGUGGCGACUCCCCCCCGAGACGGACGUCCUGACGGCUGAGCUGUACGCCCUGCACCAGGCCCUCACACACCUCCACACCACCCACAGCAGGGACAAGGCUGUCGUUUUCACAGACUCCCUCUCAUCACUCCACCUCAUCCUCUCCCGCCACCCAACAUCCUCAACGGCCCUAGCCCACACCAUCCAGCGAGCUCUUCUCAUCCUAACAUCUGAGGGGUGGGAGAUCACCCUGCAGUGGGUGCCCUCACACUCAGGCAUAAGGGGCAAUGUCAUAGCAGACGCCGCCGCCAAGUUGGCCCUGGCGGACGUAAACAUCACGCCGCUCCCCUUGCCACUCUCCACGGCCAAACGCCUUAUCUCCCGCACCUGCCACUCUACAUGGGACGACACACUCCAUGACACCCUCCGCAUCACCUCCACGGGCCAAUACCGCACCGACCCCUCCCCACAGCCGUGGGUGAGGAAAACGUCCCGCGUCCUAGACGUGGCCUUGACAUGCCUCCGCCUGGGCCACACACGCCUCGGCGCUCACCUCCACCGCCUGCGCCUCGUCCCCGACCCUCACUGCCCCUGGUGCAGGACCGUCGAGGACACCAUUGAGCACCUUCUGCCGCACUGCCCACGCCACCACUCCCAGCGAGUGCUGUUCAGACACCAACUCCGCGCCCUGGACGUGCCCACCUUCGACCUGCUCACGCUGCUGGCGGCGGCAGGAGUCCACCCAUCACGACAGGAAGCUGUCAUCCGCCUCACCUGCGCCUUCCUCAGGAAGACGGGGCAGCUGACGCGCCUGUGAAGACCUCACAGGACGACACCAGGGCUCAUGUGAGCGACUAGAUCGCCGCGGCCCUAAACAGCAACAACAACAACAACAAUAAUAGUUUGCGUAUUUUCCACCUACAUUAUCAAGCUACUGUGACAGCAAGUCAAAGAUUUUCAAAGCCAUCCCAGCCAUUGUCCUGUCUCCCAACAAGUGCCAAGAGGCACUGAUUCAAUACUUCGCUGCCACAACCUAUAGUGAAUGUUCUUGGUGAGAUUGGAGGGAGGAACACUGAUGAAUAUGUGAAGCGAGUAAUGAAGUUCGUAAUAAGUGACACACUGGCCACAAAACUGAACAUGUCUUGAAGGAACAACAAGAAGGCAUUUGGCUCCACAAACUUAUUCGAGACUGUGUAGGGAGAAGUGAAAAAGAAUUCACAAACGUCAGAUUGCACGAGAAGAUGUGGAGCAUGCGGCGGCGAAGUGGUUGAUGGUGGCAAGAGAUCGCAGUGGCAAUUGCAUGUGAAUGGAUACUGGUGCAACAUUGUCUGCUAAUUAGAAUACCUAUACGUGUAAAUCUUAUGGAAAAGGAAGUUUAAUAUAUAGGUUCCUUAGUUUUGUUUACAUGUAGUAAUUAGAAUUAAGGCUUUGUUAGAGAUGAUUCUAAUCAGAAUAUAGGUAGAGAUGUAUUUCUGCCAAAGGAAUUCUGUAUUCUGUAUUACUUGUAUCUAUCUAUCUAUCUAUAGCUCUGACGCCUCGUUCCCUCCGGGAACAUCCCCCAAGGGCAGUGGUUCCCAACUUUUUUUUCUUUCCAGGCGACCCUAAUCAUGCACCUCUAGACAUGACUGCGACCCCACUAGUUUAGUUGUAUAUGUGUUAUUAUAUAAUAAUACCAUGUUUGAUAUUUUGAGGUCUUGGGGACCCCAGGAAAAAUGCUUAGCGACCCCAGGGUUGGGAAAGGGGGCUCUAGGGGGUGGCCACGGCAAAAAAGCCGUAGUACUAUUAUUACUACUAUUGUUACUAUUAUUCUGUAUUACUUGUGUUUAUAUAUUAUUGAUUAGUAGAUUUUGUUUCGCAAUAUUCACAGUAUAUUUGAGAAGCUUAUAUUUUUUGUGACAUAAAUAUAUGGAACAAUUUUAUAGCAGACAGUCUAAACACUGUCAAUUUCAUUUUACUUCCAAAAUCAUAGUGUGUUUUUGAAGAGUUUUGUUAAUGUGGAAGAAAAUAGUCAUUCAAUUUUGAAGCAUGUAUAAAUAAAUAAAAUUAAGUUGAAUUGUUUAAUUAUUAUUCAUAUAACUUUGAGAUAUGAAUGGCCGUUGAUAUUGGGCUUUAGGCAAUUCAACAGAAAAUGAACGCCAGAGAAAACUCUCGAUAUGCUGUAUGUACUUUUUAAAUACUAACAUCACUGUUUCAUUGGAGGACAGAGGUAUGGGGAUACUCGUAUAAUGCUGAAGACUGCCUCUGCUUUCUGUUUUUCAGUGACUAUGUCAAA